AUAACUCUAUCGCCAUGUACUAGCCGCACGUCCAAGGGCCAAACCCGCGACCAUGGCUCAAAAGCUGGCUGAGGGGCUCAUAGUAUUGGCCGCGAGCUACGAGAACGAUGGCUGUCCCAUACAAGCGCUGCACUGCUACCACGCGCUGGUCAACCAGGUGCUGCCCCCGGACGUGGAGGUCAAAGCGCGCCUCAACCUGGCACGACUAAUGCUGCAGCACACCUUCAACGUCAAGGAGGCCUGCAACCACCUGCUGCGCGCGCAAAGCCUGUCCCGCAGCCUCAUCGGCUGCUACUGCCUCAAGUACGAAGUGGCGGACCGGCUGGCAGCUGCCCAGCAGCUGCUGGGCGACGAGGCGGGGGAGCUGGCCACGUACGCGGCUGCUUCGGAGCUGUGGCAGGCGGCGCAGGGCAGCGGCGAGUGGGCCGCCGUGUGCGUGUGGGCCUGUCGGCUGCUACAGCGCCAGGCCGCAGCCCACCACCGCGCCGGCCGGCCACGUGAGGCCGAGGCCGCCGCCGGCCAGGCACUGGCAUUCGCGGAGCGCGCCGGCGGCGGCGGCGCCGCGGCGGCGCAGCGCGUGGCGGCGCUGCUGCUGCUGGCGCAGCUGGCACUGGACCGGUGGGACGACGGCGCAGCGGACGCGGCCAUCAAGCAGCUGAACGCGGCGCUGGGGGCGGCGGAGGGGAGUGGCGGGGCGGCAGGAGGAGGCGGGGGGCUGGGGUCGACUGGCUUCCUGAUGGCGCUGCUGCACUACAAUGUGCUGCAGGUGCUGUACAUGCUGCGGGUGGGCAAGGUGGCGGACGUGGUGAAGGACAAGCAGCAGGAGGCCAACCAGCCGCCGCUGUCGCCGGAGCAGGCAGACGGGCCCGGGGUGCCGCCGCCGCCGCUGAUCGCCAACCUGGACAGCACGUGGAAGCAGCUGGCGGCGGCGCAGUCGGGCUCUGCGGCCUCGGCGGCUGCUCCGUAUGAGCUGCCGGGCAUGUCCCUGGAGCCGCUGGUGUGCCUGGUGGCGGCGCUGGCGCUGAGGCAGGGCGGCGGCAGGCCGCGGCUCACCCUGGACUACCUGCAGCGGGGUCUGGAGGCGGUGGAGCAGCUGAAGCGGCGGGCGGGCCUUCUGGCGGCUGCCGACAGCGGCGGCGGCGGCGGCGGCGGCGGCGGCGGCGGCGGCGGCGGCGGCGGGGCUGAUGAGGUGAACCUGGCGCCGCAGCAGCUGGCGCCUGCGGGCAGCGCCCUGCGGCUGCAGCUGAUGCUGCUGCAGUGCCGGGCGCAAGUGCUGCUGUCACGGGGCGAGCUGGCUGCGGCGCGUGGGGAGGUGCUGUGUGUGCAGGCGCUGUGCGAGCGCUACCCGCGGCUGCUGGCGCCGCAGCUGCCCGCCGCCCACCUGCUGACAGGCCAGUACUGCACAGCCACGGGGGAGCACGCCGCGGCGGCGGCGCACUUCCAGGCGGCGCGGCAGCACGCGCCCAACCCCGCCUCCGCCGCGGUGGCGAGUGUGUUGGAGGCGGCGGCGCACCUCAGCCUGGACGACGCCGCGCAGGCGCAGGCGCGCGCCCACGCGGCGGCGGCGCAGCACACAGUGCAGGGGCAGGAGGCGGCGGCCGUGGGGCCCGGGCCGAGCCUGGCCCGGGCCAUUGAGGCGCUGGGUCCCUUCUACGCAGGUGCGGUGGCGGCCCCCGGCUCCGCCCCGGCGCGGCUGGGCGGGCUGGAGGACGCCGCGGCGCUGCUGGCGUCCGCCGCCUGCCUGGCGCAGCAGGGCAACCUACCCGCCGCCAACGCACUGCUGUCCAAGGCGCUGCGCACCGCCCACCGCAAGCUGGGCCACAUGCAGGUGGUAUGCGGAGUGCUGAACGAGCUGGCGCUCAGCUUCCUGGGGCCGCAGAAGCUCGUGGACUGCCACAGCGCCCUGGAGGCCGCCAGGAGCGCCACGGCCUUCGCGCGGGCAGCAGGCGACAUGUGGGCAGAGGCGCGCAGCAAGCGGGCGUUGGCGGCGGCGCUGGAGCGACAGGCGGCGGCCGCCGCUGCAGCCGGCAACGCCAAUGACGCCGAAGCGUCCGCGGCGGGGGCGCGCGAGGCGGUGGAGGCGGCGGCGCGGCGUGAGGCCAAGGUGGCGGAGGCGGUGGCAGGUGCCAAGGCGGACAGCGGCAGGCACGGCUAUGCGGCGGGCUGGCGGCUGAGCGCGAUGGUGCAGGACUAGGGGAUCCCGGGGGAAGGCGGCGUUUAUGCGGAGGGCGUCACCGCAUCGCGGUUGCGACAGCUGCUGCACGGCCCUAGCAUGGAACGAUGGAAGUGUCCUGUUGACGAACUGGACUGCAAGCCCUGGCGCAAAACCGUUGCGGCAUGAGCAGUGUAAGAGUAUGGGUGG